AUGAAAGCAGCCAUAAGAAAGUAUUGCGCGGAAGGCCAUGACAUCAUGAAAGUAGGAGCAAUGCACAAGGCUCUUAAGGAACGACCUGUCAAAGGAACAACAGCGGCUGUAGCCAUUUUGGAUGAGUCAUUCAAAAUUCUUGAGGUUCAGAAGAUAAAACAACUUAGUGAGUUGCACAACUUUAGAUACGAAGAGAGUGGGAUAAGAGUGUGGAAAGCUUACGCUGUUGGGGUCGGCAGGCUUAUCCCUUGGCAAUCUUUGCACAUACGGCACCAGGGCUCAACAAAUAUAUCAUUAAUGGAGGGAAAAGGAUUCUUCGCCAACACAGAAAUAAGAGACCUUCAUCGCUCAAGAAAGUGUCAAGCAAGUAAAGACCACGUUGAAAUUGAUGAUCAGCCAUCAAUGUUUGUGUGCCCUGAAGAAGGCUGUAACUGCACUUUUGACUCUUUCUCCGAACUUGAGUUGCAUACAGACGUAGGAAUACAUGAUAACAGGAAGUCGGAAAGUCUUUAUGAUAAAGUACGGAAAAACUGGGCUGAAAAAUUUUCUUCUAUUGAGAACCAGAAGUUAACAAGCAACAAAUCCUCCACUGGUCUGACUGUUAACAGCACAAAUUCUCGUCUAAGUAUCGGAUGGGCUCUUAACAAAGGUUGA